AUGCAUCUGGACUUUGCGCUAGAGGUGGAACUGUAUGAUGUGUGGGGAAUCAACUUCAUGGGUCCCUUUGUGAGCUCGUGUGGAAUGCAGUAUAUCUUGGUAGUCAUUGAUUACGUCUCCAAAUGGAUAGAAGCAGUGGCUUUACCCAACAAUGAGGCGAAGAGUGUCGCGGGUUUUCUGAAGAAGAGUAUUAUCACUCGUUUUGUCACCCUGAGGGAAAUUAUUAGUGAUGGUGGUUCUUAUUUUUGCAACAAGGCCUUUGGGGGACUGCUAAAGAAAUAUGGUGUCAAACAUAGAGUGGCUACCGCGUAUCACCCUCAAACAAGUGGCCAGUGGAAAACGACAUUUAAAACUCCCAUUGGAACUUCACCUUACCUGUUUGUUUUUGGUAAGGCGUGCCAUUUUCCAGUCGACCUUAAACACAAGGCCAUGUGGGUAUUGAAGAAGCUGAAUCUGGGUUGGGAGGAGGCAACCAAGCUUCAGUUAUUUCAACUCAAUGAGAUGGAUGAAUUUUGGUACCAAGGAUAUGAGAGUGCAUACUUGUACAAGAAGAAGAUGAAGCAUUAUCAUGAUAAAAAUAUCCUAAAGCGGGAUUUCCAACCCAAUGAUGAGGUCUUGCUAUUUAAUUCAAGGUUAAAUCUUUUCCCGAGCAAACUGAGAUCCAAAUAG